GGCGCGCGUGCGCGCUGGAGCGCUCUUCCCUCCCAUUCAUAAAAAAGCCAUUUUCCCAGGCUGUGGUUGCAACAUCGCCGUUGAGGCUGCGAGCGGAGCUGACAGCGCGGAGCUGGCGCUGCGGGACUUAGGGAACCCGGCCGGUUCCUCGGACGGGCGUCCGCGAGUGCAGCCGCGACUGACCCGCGCGGGUUCGGGGAUUUACACAGACGCGGAGCGAUGCUUGUGAGUCUGCAGCUCCUCAAAGACCCCUAGAAGCCUGUUUCUCGGCACAGUCCAAGGACCUCCAACCUCAUGGAGCCUCCGAUCCCUCAGAGCGUCCCUUUAACUCCCAGCUCCGUCAUGGUGCAGCCCCUCCUUGACAGCCGGGUGCCCCACAGCCGGCUCCAGCAUCCACUCACCAUCUUACCCAUUGACCAGAUGAAGACCAGCCAUGUGGAGAAUGACUACAUAGACAACCCUGGCCUGGCCCCUCCCAUGGGUCCCAAGCGGACCCGGGGUGGGGCCCCAGAGUUGGCCCCAACACCUGCCCGCUGUGAGCAGGAUGUCACCCACCACUGGAUCUCCUUCAGUGGUAGGCCCAGCUCUGUGAGCAGUAGCAGCAGCACCUCCUCCGACCAGCGGCUCCUAGACCACAUGGCUCCACCGCCUGUGGCUGAGCAGGCCUCUCCCAGGGCUGUACGCCUUCAGCCCAAGGUGGUCCACUGUAAGCCACUGGACCUCAAGGGCCCGGCAGCCCCACCAGAGCUAGAUAAGCACUUCUUGCUGUGUGAGGCCUGUGGGAAGUGUAAAUGCAAGGAAUGUGCGUCCCCUCGGACGUUGCCCUCCUGCUGGGUCUGUAACCAGGAGUGCCUGUGCUCUGCCCAGACCUUGGUCAACUAUGGCACGUGCAUGUGCCUGGUGCAGGGGAUCUUCUACCACUGCACCAACGAGGACGAUGAAGGCUCCUGCGCUGAUCACCCCUGCUCCUGCUCCCGCUCCAACUGCUGUGCCCGCUGGUCCUUCAUGGGUGCCCUCUCCGUGGUGCUGCCCUGCCUGCUGUGCUACCUGCCGGCCACAGGCUGUGUCAAGCUGGCUCAACGUGGCUACGACCGCCUGAGACGCCCUGGUUGCCGCUGCAAGCACACGAACAGCGUCAUCUGCAAGGCAGCCAGUGGCGAUAGCAAGGCCAGCAGAUCUGACAAGCCUUUCUGACGCUUUGGGUGGAAGCAUAGCACUGCCCUUGGAAAUGUCCCUCCUGCCAGUCUUCUGAGGCUGACCUUGCUCAUCUGGCUUCUCCCCGCCCCUAGAUUGGGAAGAAAUAGGCAGAGACCACCACCACCCACAGCCUCUAUUCCCAAAAGGAUGAAGAAGCACUUUGGGGGUUUUCAUGGUCUUGGAACUUUUGUCAAGCAGGCAGCAGCAGGGUGUGGUCUGGCAGGAAUUUUUCUAUUUCAGAAGACUGAACACAGAUGUGGACACAAUCCGGAAGUUGCAGCUGCUCAAUGCCCUUCCCAGCCCCCCUACCUCCUACCCUCUCCCUCCCACAUCUCCAUUGUCUCUGGCUCCUGCAGGAGCACCUGCCUGAUGGAGGCAGGAUACACUGAGGAAAACCGGCAGAACCUUGACUUCUCUACCUUCUCCGUCCUCCUGCAUGUUGGCCUUGGCCUCGGGAAGGUGCCAAGCACCUUAGCGAUCCCUGUAUAUACUUUGGAGGAACAGAACAGGACAGCUGCGGAGCUGAAGCCUCCCUGGAGCCACAGAAUGGAUUAAGGAGCCUUGGCACAGUCCAUUUGCCCCAGCCUCAAUCACUAACUUGGGGAUGUCCCACUCAUCACACCAUCCUCUGGUUCUUACCAAGUCACAGACUCGCCUGCCUGCUAUGUGUCCUGAGCUCUCUGUACUCAGAUUCUUUGGAGAAACUUGUUGGGUAAAGAAGGCCAGGGUGGCACAUGCGAGACCAAAUAUCAUUUUGCCAAUGAGUCUGAGGCUGUGGUCUCUAGAUCCAGUCAUGAUGUUUUUAUAGAAUAAUUAAACCAGAUGCUAACGGUGUUUUAAACCAUAAUAAUAAAACAACUUGCUUCCUUUUGGGCCACCCCCAAGAAGGGCUGAUUUCAAAAUCUGGGGGCAAGCAUCCUCAAGGAGAGCACAAUUCCCCUGCCCACCAAGAAGAGGAUUUUAAUGGCGAAGAAGAAGCCUUGCUUCCCAUUGGCAGAAUGACAGUUGAGCCGAGCUGGGGUUGGGUUUCCUCUCUUCUGAUUCUGCUGCUUGCUGUCACAGCGUUUUGUGUAUAAUGAUGUGUCUGUAUCUUUAUGUAAAUAGAGAGAUGAUGAACAGAGUCUAUUUUAGUGUUAGGAGGCCCCAGUGGGAGAGUCAGAAGAGCCCAGAGAGGGUGGGGAAUAAUUCUCCAGGGUCUGCUGGGUUUGAGCCCCACUUUUGUGCACAGCACACCUCCUCCCGACAGCCCCCAAAGACGUAGCAACUCUUUCUCUCAAGGUGCUAAAGGACUCAGAAAGUGCAGCACGUCCAAUGGGUAGGUACUUGUUGCAUGCAAAAGCUAUAGUGUGUCUGGUCCUUGCCCCCAGCUGUUGUGUGGGGUUUUUGCUUUGUGUGGUAUUUGUCCCUGCCCCUGCCUCUGAUGAGAGAAAUGGCCUGGGUCAGGUGCCCCAGGUGACAUUUUGGGAGAGCAUUAGGCAAAGUCUCUGUAGCAUUUCUAGCUCAUUCUGCGGAAAUGGCUGCUCCCAGGAAAAAGGUAAGUAGGCAAGUAGCUACGAGUGGCGUGGACCUAAUGCUUCUCAAGGACUCCUCCCUCCCCACCCACCCCCUUCUUGGAAACGAGUAGUAACACCUUAUGAUUUAGGAUAAUAAGUUAAUUGUAACCAUAGGUAUUUAUUGAUGGAGGAAGGGAGGGUCUUAUUUUCGGCUUUAUUUAUGUAACAUUUGCUGGCUUGUAAAAGGCAAGUAUAAAUAUUGCAUCUUCAUUCUCUAAGGCUAAUCCACAUAGCUGCCCUUGCUACAGUUGCGAUGGAUAUUAUAUGGAUGUUCUUGCACAAAUCGGAGGGAAUGAUAGAAGACAAAACACAUUCAGCCAACCACUUAUACUAAUUGAAUGUAUUGGAAGUAUACUGAAGGGGCUGGAGAUGGUUUCCUCAGCUGAAGUAUGCGGAAGUGAACCCCCAAAAUGGUAGCGCACAUGUGCACUCUUUUCUGAAAAGCCUGGGAACUUUGCCCAGGGCCCCCUCCCUCAAGUCAUCUCCACAGGAAACGACCCAGUGGCAGGUUGCACUUUGGUGAU